UGUAUAGGGUAUAUUUUGGUAUAACUAACUGUUCAGAGUAAAUUAGUAAAUGUUGAACUUAAAUCUGCGGUCACACUGCGUUCGCCACUUUCAGAUUCAUUCGGGUAUGUGUAUACGACGCGUGUGUGCGUGUGUGAGUGUGUAUGCACACAGUUUAAUUUAUAGUGAUUUUGUGAGGAAAUAUAAUCAGGUUAUCAAAGUAAUCGUUUUUCUAAACGGUUUGUGAGCAAGCAGGCGUCGGCUUAUUCAGAAUAUACAGGCAUUUCAGAACAUGGCGUCCAACUAGAUUCCAAAACACUUUCACUAACCCUCAGCUGCUUUAAUCGGACUCAUCGCGGGCGAAGAGAAAAGCAAAAGUGUCUUUGGUGUACCAGAAAAAAAAAACACAAAUACGUAAAGCACCAAUGUGUCAAUGAGUGUUCGUGUUUUGUUUGUGACCACAUAACUGUGAUUCACCUCAAUUAACAGUAUAAAAAUAUCGGCAGAUAAAGAUUAAAUCGCCACCUUAAAAGAAAGAAGCAUUCAUAGUACAAGAAUAACAGCGAAGGCAACUUCUAAUCACGGCGUUAGCAACAGAAUAGAGCUAAUUAUUACUCCCACGCAAGGCGAGGCGAGGCCAAAGACGAUUCGAUCAUCGAGACGAGACGGCAUUAAGUCUGUCUGCGUAACAAACAAUAUAGCAUGGGCAACGACGACAAUCGUCGGCGGAAGACACCUUGCGGCUGUUGCAUGUCUGUGUUCAAGUGGAUACCCGUGCUCUUCAUCUUCGCCGUGAUCGGCUGGUCCUACUACGCCUAUGUGGUGGAGCUAUGUGUUCUAAACACGGAAAAUCGGGUUGCCAUGAUUUUCAUGCUGUUCUUUUAUCAUAUCACACUGAUACUAUUCCUAUGGUCGUAUUGGAAAACCAUUUCAACAUCAGUAGGCCGCGUGCCGGAUCAUUGGCGCAUACCAGAUGAGGAGGUCAAUCAUUUGUUCCGUGCCGACAAUCCAGAGACACAAAAACGUAUUUUAAAUAAUUUUGCGCGUAAUUUACCGGUUACAAAUCGCACAAUGAAUGGCUCGGUGCGUUUUUGUGAUAAGUGCAAGAUCAUCAAACCGGAUCGAUCGCAUCAUUGCAGCGUCUGCAGUUGCUGUGUCCUCAAAAUGGAUCAUCAUUGUCCCUGGGUGAACAAUUGCGUUAACUUUUUCAAUUACAAAUUCUUUGUAUUGUUUCUGGGCUACGCAUUAAUCUACUGUUUGUACGUUGCAUUCACCACGCUGCACGAUUUCAUUCAAUUUUGGCAGACCGAAAACCAAUUAUCGGAACAGGGACAACUCAAUGGCAGCGGCAUGGGUCGCUUUCACAUCCUAUUCCUAUUCUUCAUCUCGAUCAUGUUUGCCAUUAGUUUGGUGAGCCUCUUCGGCUAUCACAUCUACUUGGUGCUCGUCAAUCGCACCACUUUGGAAUCGUUUAGAGCGCCCGUCUUUCGCAUUGGCGGACCGGAUAAGAAUGGCUAUAAUCUGGGACGUUAUGCAAACUUUUGUGAAGUGUUUGGCGACGACUGGCAGUAUUGGUUUCUGCCCAUCUUUACCAGUAAGGGUGAUGGAUUGAGCUAUCCGACGGCCACAGAGCAGACGGGCAACCAGAGUUACGAUGCGAUGGGCCACACCAAUCACAGCACCGCCAACAGGUUAGAUGUCCAACCGACAGAUAAGUUGAUUGACGCAAUUCCCCUCAAUAAUCAUCAACCUCAUCUGGAGCUAGACAACGGCCAGCGCAUCCCGUCUAGUCAAGUCAUUGUCAAUAUUGAGCAAAGAGUUGCCGAAGCAUCCGCGGCUGCAGCAACAACAGCAGCAGACUCAUGCAACGUAGUCAUUGAUUUAAUCGGUGAUCAGACGGCUGCCAAGGAUGCUGCGGUUCUAAAUGGUGGCCAUCCAUUGUCUGCCAAUGGCACUGCCGAUAAAAUUGUAUAAAGAAGAGCAUGCAUUUAAUUUUGUGUUGUAUAGAGCCAGAAUCAAGAGAUGUAUCCAUUGAGUAUGGUAGCUGCUGCCAAUCGAAUGAAGUGUUUUGUAAAUGUGUAUUUAAUCUAUAUUCGUAAGUUUUAAAACAACGAUUUGCGAUCAUCUGUAUCUGUAUCUGUAAUAUGUAAACCUCUAAUACCUGCUACAGCUACUUGCCGAGUUCUCAGAAUCCUCCUCAUUUCCCCCCUCCACAAACGGCGUGUGAGAAAGCACUUGAAAAUUGUCCCUCAAAUACACUAUGUUUUAUACAUACAUCAGUUAUAAAGAGACUAUCAAUAUACCACAUAAACAUAUAUAUUUAUUUAAGGACUCAUAAUGUAAGCUAAAUAAUUGUUUUUUCUAUUAAAUGUACGUAUUAAAAUUGCCAGACAGGCACAGGA